AUGUCAUCAACAAUAGAAUCAACCUCAUCGCCAUCAACAACCUCGGAAACAUUUAUUCAAAGUGCGGAAGAUAAAUCAAUUGCUGAAUUUAUGAUUAAACAAGCAACACUCGAACAACAAAGACUGAAGCAAAAUGGAGUAGACGUUAAAUUAUUAAAAGUUAAGAAUGUUGCCAUCAUUAGAGAUGAAACUCCAACAACAACACCAAAUACUCAACAACAACCUUCACAAAAUAAGAAUAAGAAUAAGAAAAAACCAACCCGAAAUGUGAUUAAUAGAGUUGAAGUGAAUACUGAUUUGGAUUUUGAUAUAUUUCCUCAAAUUUUACUCUCUGCACCAGUCAAAUGUAUUCCAAAGCCUUCACUCAAUUAUGUUAAUGUUAUUCUCAUUGGUCAUGGUGAUUUGACAGAUCCUGCCUAUUUGUGCCCAUACACCUAUCCAGCAGAUGAUAAAGAAAAUAAAUUACAACACUGGGCAUUCAUCAAUAACAGUCUAAAGAGAACAGACCUUGAUAUUGAUGCUUUCCAAGAUGUUUAA